ACACGGCAUAUGAGCGGCACUUCCCUCCCACAACCAACGAGUGCUGUGCCUAACAAGCGAUCUCUCGAGCGCGGGUCUCUCCCCAUCUCUUAACCCCACAUCCCUAACAACCCAGGUGUAGCCACUUAAUUAACCUUCCACGCCAAUCCCUCCCCCCUCCACACACAUACACCCACAUCACAUCAUUACAAUACAAUGUUUGCCACUUUACUCGGUUUGUUGAUUUCUUCGCCUCACCAAGUUCCCCUAACAUUUCUUGUCAUUACUGACACCUAUUUAUUGUACCUGUUUAUACCGGUUUUAUUAUUGACUACCGAUAAUGAAAGAAAAAAGUAUUGUUCAUGGCGCUUCACCUCUGUCGCGACCAUUCACACUGACUGUAUACCUCAGCCUUAAUGUCAAAGUAGUGCGCAGCAGCGUUAUAUUUACUUCUUCCAGUAAUAUUAAUUACAAGGCUGUUGUAUCUUACAAUAUUGGCUUUGCCCCUGACCCAUACAAUGGUCAACUCUGAUGCCUCCCGACAACUCCAACCUGCAAAGGAAAGGGUGAAAUGGCCCAGGAUGAACAGCAACAAAGAGUGGCAGCAGCUAGAUGAGGAUCUGAACAAGAUCCUGGAUGUUGCUCUGGCAGGGACAGUGGAGCGGAAAAUUGAGACGAUGACGGCAAUUACGUACAACAUGGCCAGGGAGCGGUUUGGCAUUGAGGAGAGAAAGACCAUAAGUCCAAAGGCAAGGCAGCUGAAUUGGAGGGAGAAGGAGAUCCAGAGCUUGCGGAAAGAGAUCAGGAUACUCUCCAGGCAGUUCAGGAAUGCUGCAGAAGGGGAAAAACAAGGGAUUAAAGACCUGACAUCUGGACUCCGAGACCGGCUUCGCAGGCUGAGGAAGGCAGAGCAGACACGGAAGCAAAGGAAGGAGAGAGGGGCCAAGAGGGCUCAGUUCAUGAAAGACCCCUAUAGGUUUACCAAGGCCUUGCUAGGGGAAGCUAGAUCAGGAACACUGACCAGCUCUAAGGAGGAGGUUGAGGAAGUCCUAAGGUCAACAUUCUGUGACCCACAUAAGUAUGAAGAUCUGGGUAGCCACCCAAGGAUCACCAGUGUCCCACCCCCCUCGAAACAUCUGGAGACCAGAGAGCCAACCUGGAAGGAAGUGGAGGAGGUGGUAAAGAAGGCAAGAACUGCAUCAGCCCCUGGACCAAGCGGCUUGCCUUACAAAGUCUACAAGAAAUGUCCACUUCUGCUACGUAGAUUAUGGAAGCUCCUCCGGAAAAUCUGGGUGAAGGGCAGAAUACCAGUAUCCUGGAGAGUGGCAGAGGGCUGUUUUGUGCCAAAGGAGAAGGACUCUUCUGAGAUCAGCCAGUUUCGCACCAUUUCUUUGUUGAGUGUAGAAGCUAAGAUAUUCUUCUCAGUCUUGGCAAGGCGAAUGACAACCUACAUGACAGAGAAUGGUUAUGUGGACACCUCAAUUCAGAAGGGGGGGAUACCAGGAUUUUCUGGGUGCCUGGAACACACUGCUAUCCUUAGCCAUCUGAUCCAGGAGGCCAAGGGCAAUUAGGGUGACCUAACAGUAGUCUGGCUGGAUCUUGCCAAUGCGUAUGGGUCUAUGCCCCAUAUCCUCAUUAACAAGGCCAUGGAGCAGUACCACAUCCCA